ACAGGUGGUGUUGUGGGCACCGAACCCGUCACGGCCCAGCGCGGAGCCUCCGUGAGGCCGUGGAGCUGAGGUCUGGGGUCCAUCCCGAGGCGGCUCCCGUCACAUGACCAGCACUCACCCAGCUCGCUGGCUGCUAUACACUUCCAGCACAUCUGCUCGUUUCUCGUUCAUUGGCACGAUCCUUGUUCUUUUUUGUCACCUUUCGGUUCUAUUCACUUGAUUGUCUGUUGCGUGGAAACAAUUCACACACACACACUGACAGUUAAACACACACACAUAAACACACUGUUGGCCAACAUGUCUGGUUGCUAGGCUAGGAAGCUAACAUGUAUUAGUAUGAGCAAUUUAUGCAACUAAGCUAAAAAUCAAGUUUGGUGAAAUUAGUUAGACAUUAUGGUCUUUUUAUUUGAUUCUUUAGAUGGUUCACAGGAUGAAUGUCAGUGAUGUUUAUUUAACUUGAGCGUAGUGUUAGUUCAUUUGCUUUUGGAUUUCAGUAUUUGUCUUUCCCACUCUAAAACGGGAUAAGGUUAAUACAGGCGGGUUCACCCUCACUCUCCACUAACUAGCACUAACGCAAUCACUUUGUCAUUCGAUUUGUUCUGUUCUUUAUUUAUUCACACUAAUAAAUCAGCCUGCCAUCCACUUUUAAUUUCUAAUUUCACUUUUACUUCUUGUCCCAACUUGUUUCUUCUCUUAUUUUUGUUUUCCACCUGAACCUUCGACCUUUGACCCAUGCACCACCUCCUUCUCUCCACACACACCCUCCUUCCUCCCUGCCCCACCUCUUCCCCCAUCCCCCACUUCUGUUCUCCGCUCCACCAGUCUGGUCACCGGUUGGUCCUGGUGCUAGGCGACCUCCACAUCCCCCACCGCUGCAACACGCUGCCGGCCAAGUUCAAGAAGCUGCUGGUCCCGGGGAAGAUCCAGCACAUCCUGUGCACGGGGAACCUGUGCACCAAGGAGAGCUACGACUACCUGAAGACGCUGGCCGGGGACGUGCACAUCGUCAGGGGAGACUUCGAUGAGAACCUCAACUACCCGGAGCAGAAGGUGGUGACGGUGGGCCAGUUCAAGAUCGGGCUGAUCCACGGCCACCAGGUGGUCCCCUGGGGGGACAUGGCCAGCCUGGGGCUGCUGCAGCGCCAGCUCGACGUGGACAUCCUCAUCUCCGGACACACGCACAAGUUCGAGGCCUUCGAGAGCCAGAACAAGUUCUACAUCAACCCCGGCUCGGCCACCGGGGCCUACAACGCGCUGGAAAGCAACAUCAUCCCCUCCUUCGUGCUCAUGGACAUCCAGGCGUCCACGGUGGUGACGUACGUGUACCAGCUCAUCGGCGACGACGUCAAGGUGGAGCGCAUCGAGUACAAGAAGUCCUAGGAGCCUGUGUGGAG